AUCGUAUUAUCACGAAAGGAAAUUCACCUGCACUGCACUGCGCAUGCGUCGACGUAACUGGUACCGGUACGGAUGUGGGGCUGAAAUACUGGACGUGCGUGGACUCGACUCGUAACUGGAAGUUACCGUUGCAUCCAUCAUCGGCCUGCGUUCCAGUUUGAGGGAUUCUGCUGCAACCUUGGUCUCAGCAUCACGGCAUGGACUUCUCUCAUCAGAAGACAGUUCUACACAACGUGGAGCUGAGGUUGGCCCGCAUCCGUGCAGCCCUGUCGGAACUCACUGAUAUUCAGACGGAGCUGCAGAAAAAUGCCACUGAGUCCAAGCACGACAUCCAGGCCAACUUCAGUCGCCAGCUAGAGAGCCUACGCACCCGAGAGGUUUACCUGCUCAAUCAGGUGGACACACUGCUUCAGGUCAAGCAAGAGCACCUUCAUCUUCAGGCAGACAGCUUGAAGAAGGAACUCGGAGCUCUCCAGGCACUGCAGGAGCACGCUAGGUCAGCCAGGAAAACCGUUGACUUGCAAGACAUCGAAGACAUCAUGAAGAGAUUCCAACAAUUCCAACUUGAGCCCGAAGAAAGUGGAUCCCUAGAGUUUGUGAGUGAUCCCAAACGCCUCAAGCAGUCCAUACUGUCCUAUGGAAGCAUCAACCCAAAGCGUUUCUGCCCUGCCAAGGAAGAUGUACAUGUCAAACCUGGACAGAUUAUGACCACCUUUGAGGAGUUCACUGAGGGUAAGGUUUGGCUGACACCAAAGGCUAGCUGUGGGACUAAAGAUGAUACUCCACGCACAGUCUUUCCCAUCUUCCAGGAGAAGCUGGAUGCAGCAGGCUGGCUGUCCAAAGAACAAGACCUUCCAGCCAUGGAGACGUGCCAGAGUGAAAAGAGCGAUGAUGAUGACCAAGACUCCUUCAUCAUGGUUCCUCAAGAAUCUGACCAGAGCCCACGUGCCAUCUUGUCCCACUUUGCCAGUAUCAUCAACUCACCGGACGUCCAGUGGAUCCGCAGCACCUCCAAGACCGACAGCGUUGGAGUGAGCCGCCACCAGCAGACCAAGCCUGCCUUCUACAGCCCAUCAGGAACCAAGGGUUGGUUGAAGAAGGAUCAAGCCCAAACUACCUGCCAUCCUAGUCAGGUACCAGCCAAGCCCAUUGAAAUAGAGGAUCUGGCAGAGAUGUCUUGUGUUCAAGAAACACCAUCUGGAGCUCCAGGUCCCUGUGGCCCCAAGACAAGCCCUAGACCACGUACCCAGCGCAACCAGAAGAACACAUGCUGUUCCUCCAAACAGACCCCAGCCAAGACCACUGAUGUCAACAUUGAUGAGGUGUGCAAGGGAAAUGAAAAGUGCAAGACCUUUGACGAGUGUCUCUGCGAUGACAACUGUGCAGACACCGCUAGGGGUGGCUUCAAGGGCGUGCCAGAGUCUUCCAAGAACCAAUGGCUCGCCAAGAAGCCAGCCGGAGAGGAGAACAUAGCCGUGGAGUCGAAGGAUGUCCAACAAACCAGACCAGAAGAAGAGUUACCCAAAGAAGACUUUGUCAAAGAAUGGCUCGCCUCAAAGACCACUCCUCAACAAGACUACGAGUCAGUGAUGCUCGCAGCCUUCCUGAAAUGGCAGCUAGAGGAGAAACCAGCUUGGUUGAAGAAGGAUUCUGCCCAACAGAAGUCAGACCAAACCUCUGUCAGCCAGUGGCUCUUCAAGAAAGCAGAAGGUCAAGCUGAGCCGAUGGUUGUCGACAACAAGAAUAGCUCUGAGGAUGCGCCCAUGAAGUCUGAGUGGUUGCUCCCAAGGUUAUCUGGUUUCGCCACUACUGCUUUCAAGGUACCCACACACGAUUCCACUUCCUGGCUCUUCAAGGGAAAGGAUGAUAGUGUGCCUCAAGAAUCCAAGAUGGAGACCAAGGAAGAUGACCUGCAGGAGAAGUGGCUCAUUAAACAAACCUCCGGAGGAUCUGCUCUUCCACCCAAAGCAGGUGGAUUCCCUUUCUUCAAUAUCCCCACAGGUAUCAACCAGUGGCUGAAGCAGUAGAACAAGAAAGAAAUUUUAUCCGAGUACUGGGGUAGAUGCAUCAGCUAUGUCCCGUACAUAAAUUCAUUAUACCCUUAUCCAUUUUGAACAGCUAUUUUCAAUGUAAUAGUCCAUGGCAUUGAAAUUGUCCAUGUAUGACAACCCCUCCACCACCCUUGUUAUUUCAUAGAUAAACAUAUGUGAUAUUGUUAGAAAAGGGCAAAAAUAAGAUUGAAUUUGAGUGCUUAUUGGCCUAAUGUUAUAGCUAUAUUGUUUGCUUGCAUAGAACGCUGCAUCCAUAUUGCACUAUGGGACCAUCGUUCCUUAUAAUCCUCUUAGUUGUAAUGUCACCCACUGUAUAAUUGUCCUGUUUACUACCCUGUAUCACUUUGUAGUUUUCAUUGUAUUGGGCUUAACUGCACUGAAAAGAUAUGGGAGAACACCACAUACUACUGGAAAAUCUGAAACAUUUGGGACAUUUUAACUUUUGCAAAUUGUUACGGACCGCCAUUUCAACAGCAAACAAAAUCUGCAGAACUGACCCUCUUGUGAAGUUCAUGAGCGUUUCAUACUCACUUGGCGUCCUGGAAGAAGGCUGUUACUGCCAUUGAAUGACAAUACAUCUUACAGCCUUCUUGCGUGGAGUUGGUAUGACAUGAUCUCAGCUUUAGUUAUUAUGACCACUGGGGAAAGCAAGUAAACAACCAAGGGGACUUAUAGCCUGACGUCCUAUCCAAGGGACCUUGUCAUCAAAGAUUGAUGCCUUGCCAGGUUUUUCAGUCUGGUUUUGAGCACAGGGCUUCACAUUUACAAGACCACUGUUCUACCACUUAGCUAUCAUGCCAUUUUUCAUUACAUUUAUGCUGCAUGCUUACUCGGUUUGUAAAGAUUUGUAACAGCCAUGUCAAUGCUAUUAGUGGUUAUUUACAUGAAUAGUUAUUCUCGAAGUGACACCUGCGUUACCUAUCACUGAAAUACUCUUCAUUGAAAAUUUACCUUAUUUUUAAAUUGAAGAAGAAGAAAGAGGAUGGAAAUCACAAUCUGUCAGUUUUAUAAGUGAUUUAUAGAAUUCAAAACACAUGAUGUAUGCUGUCAAGAAGUGACUUUUUAUUGUGAUUUGUAGAAUUAUAGUUUUUUGAGGCCGCAGUAAAUUUUCAGAUUUCUGUCUGAUCAUUUUAUUGCCGUGUUCAUUUUUUAAAGUUAAUUUAUCGAUAUAACCUUUUAACAAAGUAACAUAACAACGUUUACUUUGUAUCGAAACUAUCGAUGCUAAAAAUAAGAUACUAAUAGAUUUGACAAAUUUUAUAUUGAGGAGAAAUGUUAAUGAUGUAUUUAACUACAAUAAUGAAUUCUAAUCUAUUCUGAUUUCCGUAGAAUAGUUAAAAUGAAUUAAUAUGUUGGCAGUUUGUGUUAAUUGUGAUUGUGUGUCAUCUCAUAUUUGAGCUAUGAAAUGAAAUGGUGUAAGACCCAUGUGUGAUCAAUGUUUUUGUUGGUGUUUAUUUAAAGCCAGAAUAUUUUUAUCUUCUGAUCAAAGCAUAUUGCAGGUACUGGUACUUCAUGUGCCCUCAGAAUAAAAAAAAAUUAAAAAAAGAUAUGUAUAUCAUAAAUAUUUUUAGUGUCACAAUUAUGACAAGAUGCUGUGCAUUUGUCAUAAACAUCUAGAUAUUUUAAUUGAUUUGGUAAGAAUUGUCAAAUAUUAGAUUCAUUUUCCAUUGCUAUUGUAUCCUAGGUCCAUGGUUUUUCAUUAAGUUUAUCACAACACGGAAAAUAGUCAGUAAUCCUUCAUAUAUCACCAUUCCUAUGUUAUUGCAUCAUCAUCUUCGUAAUAACCCAGCAAAAAUAUCUAUUUUGCCGAAGAAGUCAAGCUAGAUACAAUUACACCUUAUUGGGCUUUGCUUUUUUGUCAUUAAUUUCAAGCUUUAUCUUAUUAAAGUGCUCUUUAUCUUUAUAUUUUCAAUUUUUGUUUGGUAUGAAGUGAUUUCAUUGGUCAUAACAACAUUUUUUUUAACAAACGUUUAUUUCUUUUUCAGUAAUAUAUUUGGAACACUUUACCUUUAUUGAUAGAGAGCUUCUUUGGUUCUGUAACCUCGAAAGAAUGCAAUAAUAUAUAUUAUUUUAAAAAAUAGACCAUAGUCAUAUGUAGCUUAAACUCUAGUAUAAAUGUUAUCAUUGAGCUGCAAAACUUUAAAAAACAAAAUUGAAGUGCGAAUAAAGGUGUUUCAUUUCAUACCAAA